AACUAAAAAAUUGUAUUCCUCCACUAGCUGUUCGAGCUGAAGUUGUACAAAGUCCAGAAAUGGAAGUCAAUCAGGUGAUGGUGAUGGUCUCGGAUGCGACCGUCGAAGAUGCGCUUUGACCAGCCUCAGGCUAAAUGUGAUGACUAAGCGCCUUAAAGGUUGCUUCCAUCAACGCGGCUCGAUAGCUACCUUGUCACCUCCAAAAGCUUCAUAUUACACCUGGCAAAUCAUACCAACAUCUUCACCCUACCACGUCAACGAACCAAAUUUUCUAAAUCUCCAAUUACACAAUCAUUCAAAAGUUGAAACGAUCAAAAUGUCGGAACGCGAUCUUCAAACAAUUCUCCAGAAACUCAAAUCCCCAUCAACAUCCUACCAAGAGAGCUCAUCACUCCUCUCCAAAGCUAAACUCACACUUCUCAAAUUAAAUGCCUUGACUCCUCAAGCAUCAACCUCGUCGUCUAUAUUAUCUCUUGCUCGGGAAGUUUUCGAAACGGGUGCCUUGGUUUCUAUUCGUGCAAAAGAUCCAGCGGCUUUCACACGUUAUGUUCAUCAAUUAACACCAUACUACGAGCUACCAGCCGAAAAUUUCAGCGCUAAGAGUUCGGGAGAGAAGAACAAGAUUACGGGAUUAUAUCUUUUGUUGUUGUUGACGCAGGGAGAUUAUGCAGGCUUUCAUACGGAAUUGGAGGGGUUGGAGCUGAGGGGUGAGAAUGGUGGAAAGAAGGUUGAGGAGGAUAAAUAUUUGGGGUAUCCGAUUAAGUUGGAGAGAUGGUUGAUGGAAGGUAGUUAUGAUUUGGUUUGGAGGGCGAUGGAGGGCGGUAAGGUGCCGAGUGAGGAAUAUGGAGUUUUCAGUGAGGUGAGUUGGUUUUGUUGUUGCGCUGUGUCCUUUCAUUACCUAUCAGCCGCGAGGUUGAAUGGACCGUCACUGUGGAGUGUAAAAGUUUACUAACUCUUAUCAACAGAUCCUGAUCAAUCAAAUCCGCUCUGAAAUUGCCUCAUCAUCCGAAACAGCAUACCCAUCCAUACCCAUCUCAUCCACAAAGAAUCUCCUCUUCUUACCAUCAGAAGGAGCAGUAAUACAAUUUGCGCAACAUAGAGGAUGGUUGAUUGAAGAUGGACGGAUAUACUUCCCCAAUCAAAAGUUGAAGGGUGGUGUGGAGGCUGGAGAGAUGGCCGAGGAGAAGGAAGUUAGUAUGACAGCAAUUGAGAAUACGCUUGGUUAUGCUAGGGAGUUGGAAACGAUUGUAUAAGCUGGUUACUGUGGUAGAGCUUUACAUAACCUCCGGUGGAAGGGGUGGAAGGGUGGAAAAUCAUAUGCACAGACGAGUGGAUAGUAUAAGAUAUCAUAAGUGUAACUUUAGAUAGCGGGCAUGGCAUAAUAUCCAUAUGACAUUUUGAUGAUUGAAAAUUUACCCACGGUAGCCAUAUUAAAUUUGCUCCAGACUU